GGCUGUUUUUGUGUGCCUGUUUUUCUAUUUUACGUAAAUCUUGCUGAACAUGUUUGCAUCAACCUACUGGUAAUGCACCUUUGAUCAAUAAAUUUUAGACAAAAGUGGUUUUUGAGUCCAAAGAUCAGGGCUGGGUUGACCUGCAGACUGGAUACAGGGUGUAUAAAACAGAGGCAAGGCACAGGCUGAUAGCAGAGCAAUCACCACCAAGUCUGAAAUAACUGCACGGGCACAGCCGAAGGCUUCCUGAGUGAGGAUGGAGGGGGGAAUGAACGCUCUACAUGACUUUGGGAUCCAGUCAACACGCUACCUCCAGGUGAAUUACCAGAAUUCCCAGGAUUGGUUCAUCUUGGUGUCUGUGUUCGCAGACCUCAGGAAUGCCUUUUAUGUCCUCUUCCCCAUCUGGUUCCAUCUUCGAGAAGCUGUGGGCAUCAAACUCCUCUGGGUAGCUGUGAUUGGAGACUGGCUCAACCUCGUCUUUAAGUGGAUUCUCUUUGGACAGCGCCCAUACUGGUGGGUCCUGGACACCGACUACUACAGCAAUACCUCUGUGCCGCUGAUAAAGCAGUUCCCAGUCACCUGUGAGACCGGCCCAGGGAGUCCCUCCGGUCAUGCCAUGGGUACAGCAGGUGUGUACUAUGUGAUGGUCACAUCCACUCUCUCUAUCCUUCAGGGAAAGAAAAAGCCAAGCUACAGAUUUCGGUGCUUGAAUGUCAUUUUGUGGUUGGGAUUCUGGGCCGUGCAGCUGAAUGUGUGUCUCUCACGAAUCUACCUUGCUGCUCAUUUUCCCCAUCAAGUUGUUGCUGGAGUCUUGUCAGGGAUUGCAGUUGCUGAGACUUUCCGCCACAUCCAGAGCAUCUACAACGCCAGUCUCAAGAAAUAUUUUCUCAUUACCUUCUUCCUGUUCAGCUUUGCCAUUGGAUUUUACCUGCUGCUAAAGGGGCUAGGGGUCGACCUGCUGUGGACUCUAGAGAAAGCCAAGCGAAGGUGUGAGCGGCCAGAAUGGGUCCACAUUGACACCACGCCAUUUGCCAGCCUCCUCAAGAACCUGGGGACUCUCUUUGGCCUGGGUCUGGCUCUCAACUCCAGCAUGUACAGGGAGAGCUGCAAAGGCAAGCUUAGCAAGUGGCUCCCGUUCCGCCUCGGCUGCAUCGUGGCCUCCCUCGUCCUCCUGCACCUCUUUGACUCUUUGAAACCCCCAUCCCAAAUCGAGCUGAUCUUCUAUGUCCUGUCCUUCUGCAAGAGUGCGGCAGUGCCCCUGGCAACUGUCAGUCUCAUUCCCUACUGCCUGGCCCGGGUCCUGGGCCAGCCGAGCAAGAAGACUUUGUAAAGGGAUGUGGAGUCUUCAGAAUUAAAAUCAAUGACUGCGCCAAGGAUUGAGUGUGGCUAGGGCCUUCUGCCAGCCCGUUGUGAGGCCAGAGGUGCUAGAGUCAGCUCAGGUGACCCCCCUCCCUUCCCCCUAUGCAAUUCUAAUUGUAUUGGGUGAUGGGUUUUUCUGAAAAGCUAAUAAGGCUAUUUGAAAAAGCCUUAUUGGAAGUUGGGUCAUUCUGGAUUUUUCCCGCGAAGAUAUACUUAUUCUUCUGUCCAGGAUACAAAAGCAAGACUUCUUGGUAGGGCCGCUCAUGAUGCAAGGCUGGGGAUCACAGCUGAAUGUUCUACUCAUGCUUGUCCUUGCCCAGAAAAGGAGAAAGGAGCAGUGAAUUUCCCUAGAGAAGGAUUGAUUAAGGAGGAUUUUUAAAUAUCUUGCAUAUCGUGCAAAUCAUAUGUCAAACAAUAUCUUAAUGGCUUUGAUUAUAUAUGAAUCUUUAGGUAAAGGGCUCUCAACAGUGGGGGACCAACUUCAAGUACAAUUAAUAGGUGGUGAGUGGAGUAAUUCUGAUUCAUGUAUUUUUCUAUUUUAUAUCCAUGGUCAUUGUACUUCCUGGGAUUUCUGAAUGGCUGCAGUGACCUGGAUAUUAUACUAGGUCAGACUAUUCAGGCAGAGUCAGCUUCUCCUCCAUAACAUUCGAUCCUUCUCCUUAUUGGCCCAGUUCUGCUUUCCCCAGAAUUUUCCACUGAUUCCACACCCACCCUGCUAGAUCUUCAGAUGCCUAAAGGCGACUCUGUAGUGGUGCUUUUGUAUGUUUCAGUUUAACUCUGAAAUCUUGGGCAAAAUGGCAAGGAGAGGGCCAGGAUUCCUCUCUCCAGAAGGUCACUCCAAUGUUACUUUUGAUUCCUGGAGGGUAAAUGUGACUCCUUUUUCUACCCCAAGCCAAUCAAGAGCACAUUCUUGGAGGAAAAGCCAACUCUUUGCCUGUUCUCUAGUCUCAACUGAUUUGCAGAGUAUGUCCUUUAAAAAAAUGUUGAAGCCUAUUUAUUUGAGAGUCCUUGUUUUUUCUACUAAUUAUAUAGCUCACCAUAUAUUAUCAUUCACACCAACCAUUCUGGUCAUAACAUCUUUGCAAAGAAAAAUAUAUACGUGCAGUAUUUUAUUAA